AUGUCACCUUCACCCAUCGGAAACUCAAUCCCCAUCGACGUCUCCCUUCUCGAGGAUAUCGAACACUCCACUCUCCAGCUCUCUGCCCAGCUGGACGCGCUCCUCUCCAGCCUACAGUCGCAACUGCAGCAGGCCGCAUCGGCAACACUGGGAUCGGCCAAGGUUUACGAGUCAAGCCUGGUCGGCGGUGUCUGUGGACAGGUCGAAGCUUGCGUCGAGCAGACCACUGACUUGAUCAGCCGGUGCGACGAAAUGGACAAGGAUAUGGCCUCCAUCGUUGAUAUCGCCUUUCAAAUGUGA